AUGUUUAAUCCAAUAGCAGUGGCGGUGGCGGUGGCGGCGGUGGUGAUUCUCAUAGGGUGGGUACAUAGGGCCAUAAAGCCUCCUCCUCCAACAGCAUGUGGAUCUGUUGGUGGUCCUCCAGUCACUUCACCAAGAGUGAAACUCAGUGAUGGAAGGCAUUUGGCCUAUAGGGAAUUUGGUGUUCCAAAGGAAGAAGCUAGGUACAAGAUGAUUAUCAUUCAUGGAUAUGGCGAUUCCAAAGAUUCAAAAUUGAUUAAUGUUUCUCAAGAACUUGUUGAAGAUCUAGGGAUAUAUUUCCUCUCCUUUGACAGAGCAGGUUACGGCGAGAGUGAUCCAAAUCCAUUGCGUUCAGUGAAGAGUGAAGCAUAUGAUAUUCAAGAACUAGCUGAUAAAGUGCAAAUUGGGGAUAAAUUUUAUGUCCUUGGAAUGUCAAUGGGAGGCUACUCUGCUUGGAGCUGCCUAAACUACAUUUCACAUAGAUUAUUAGGAGUAGCAUUGGUAGCUCCAGUGCUAAAUUACUUUGGGAUGCCCUCUUUUCCUGAUAAUUUAUUAAAAGAGGCUCUUCGGAUGCUACCUAAGUCAGACCGGUGGACACUUCGAGUUGCUCAUUACGCCCCUUGGUUGUUCUAUUGGUGGAGGACUCAAAAAUGGUUCCCAACAUUGUCGCCGGUAAAUCUUGAAACGUUGCCUCAUGAGGAUAUAGAGGCCAUAAAGAGCUUGCCAGAAGAUCCAAACAUGGGCCAGAAAGCAACUCAGCAAGGUACAUAUGAAUCAUUACACCGAGACUUAAUAGUUGCUUUGGGAAAGUGGGAGUUUGGCCCAACAGAGAUAAAAAAUCCAUUCCCUGACAAUGAUGGUGCUGUUCACCUUUGGCAAGGCUCCAAGGAUACGAUAAUUUCAUGUAUGCUGAUGCGUUACAUCGCACACAAACAACCUUGGAUUCAUUAUCAUGAGCUUCCUAAUGCGGGGCAUAUGUUCAUCAAAUCGAGAAAUGAAUGUGAAUCUAUAAUUAGAGCACUUCUAGCCUCAUAA